AUGGACAAAGAUUUGUUUCUGACUCUCCUGAUGCUGCUUCUGGGUUUCUGUUUCCACAACGGAAACAGUGACGGGCAAAACCUUUGUCCGGACAGAUGCCAGUGCUUCACACCUGAUCAAGUGCUCUGCGCUGACGAAAGGAUGGCGUACAUUCCCAGGAAUUUGUCCAACCAAGUCAAGGAGCUGGUUGUAAUGACAUCAGCUGUGGGGUACCUGUUCGCAGACAGCCUACGGGAAAGCCCACAACUCACCAAGCUAAUCUUAAUGAACAAUGCUCUGCGCAGUAUUCACCUGAACUCAUUUGAGAAUUUAACAGAACUUCAGGAGCUGGAGAUCAGCGGCAACCCCUGGCUGGACAAUUUACUUCCUGGAACAUUUUCAAAACAGAAACAUUUAACUAAACUGUUACUCAACUUCAAUGGGUUAAGGACAGCGCUUCCGGGAAUUUUUGAUUCGUUAAAACAACUAGAAACACUUGAAAUGAAGAGCAACAUGAUAUCAGGACUUCCUCCUUUUGUUUUCCAAAACCUAAGCAGGCUGCGUGUCCUGGACUUGUCCAUGAAUAAACUUGAAGAGGUGACAAAAGGAACUUUCUCCGGUCUGGAAAAGCUGGAAAUUCUGAAAAUAAACUACAACCUCAUUCGCAAUGUUUCAUCUGACACGUUCCAAAAUAUUCCUGAGCUGACCGAACUUCAUUGGGAGGGGAACAAGAUAGCACGGCUAGACGAUGCCAUCUUCUCUGAGCUGAAAAAACUGAGGGUGCUAAACCUCUGCAAUAACCUCCUGACAACCUUCAGUGAUAACGUGUUUGGGUUUGAGACCUCAAAUUUGAAAGAACUUAACCUGAAAGGCAACAGACUGACCGAGCUGUCAUCUUUGAGCAGUCUCAUCUCACUUACUGACCUCAUAUUGUCUUCUAACAAGCUUUCCAGCCUUCCAGAAAACAUAUUUAGAAACCUUACAGCCCUAGAUAGUCUGGACUUGUCCGAAAACCAGCUCAGCUAUCUGCCCAAAAUGAUUUUUAAGGAUCUUCUGGGACUCACAGCUAUUAAUCUCCACAAGAACAGCUUGAGAAAGGUGCACGAAAAUCAGUUUGCGGACCAGAUGCUCGUUCAGAAGCUCUACCUGUCGGACAACCAGCUGGAAAACCUCCCGGUAGGCCUUUUAGACACUUUUUUCGUCCAGCACGUUUUAAGGCUGCAUGGGAACCCCUGGAAAUGCGACUGCCACAUGUGGUACCUGCACGACUGGGUGCUGCAGCAUGGUCAGAGUUUAGAGAUGCCGGAGAGGAUGCUGUGCGAGAGCCCGGACUUUUUGAGGAAACGCACUGUAUAUUCCAUAAACAGGGAUGAGCUGGUGUGUCAGCCGUCCGAGGAGGAGAAGUCUGAUCUCAGUUCCUGCACCCUGCAAGCAUCCAACGACACCAUGAUCAUCAGGUGUCGAGUGAAAAACUGCUCUCCAAUGACGGUGAAAGUACAGUUUCAGGAGGAAAACGGCAAUAUCCAGCAGCAUGUUGUGAAAAAUGUGUCAGAAGAUUCUAAAUGUAUCAAUUAA